CUAUCGUUGGCCCAUAUUCUACUGCGCUUGUCUGGAUAUUCAAUGUUUUCCUGUCGAACAAUAGCUCUGCCUAAAUCUCUGAUAUGAUCAUGCAUCCAAAAGUUGUGGUCAUUGUUAAGUUUGGUCAAGGACCGUAGAACAAGAGUCUCGAUCCCACUUUCUGGAUAAAACCUGCAGUCACUUACAGGGGAAGUACUUCAAUCACAAGGAUGGAAGGAUUGUCUCUAUGAAAAAAAGCAACCAUUCAAGUUUGUGGAAAGCUGUCCUGAGAGCCAUGCCACUGAUGAAACAAGCUACUGCCUGGAGUAUUUGUGAUGAAACUACAACUGGCUUUUGGACUCACCCCUGGAUCAACCACGAAACCAUCCUCGAGGACUUUCUUCAGGAAGACCUUAGUGAGGAGGACCUGAACUCAUCUGUUGCGGAGUGGACCACAGAGGAAGGAACCUGGGACUGGAGAAGGCUCAACAGUCUCCUACCUGUUGAGAUCCUGGCCUUAAUUGCAGGCACUGAUGUCCCUCUACCAGGCUCGGGAGAAGACAAGCAUAAAUGGGGCAUAGAACAAGACGGCAAUUUCAGCCUCAAGUCUGCUUACUGCCUUGCAUCAGACGCUCUUGGGAAGGAGGAAGAUGCGAUCUGGAAGGGGAUAUGGAAGUGGAAGGGACCGAACAAGAUUAAGCACUUCAUGUGGUUGGUGACCCAUAACAGGUUGAUGACAAACAAAGAAAGAGCAAAGCGUGGACUGACUACCAACAGCAACUGCCCUCACUGCAACAACACGGAAGAAACGGUGGAGCACAUCCUCCGUAGAUGCAAAAAGACCGAGGGUGUUUGGAAUCACUUCAAUUUUUUCAUCACUGCUCAGGACCCCAGCCAGGACUUCAAAACAUGGCUACUCAACAACAUGAAAGAUCAGAGCAAAGGGACGGAAUUUGGGAUCAUCUGUUGGUGUUUAUGGAAACAGAGGAAUGAGGAAGCUAUGGAGGGGAAAUCCUUCUCUGAAAUGGGCCUCAUUAAAAGAAUUUCCGCCUGCUUUACUAUCAACACCAAUGCUGUGACUAACUCGGCUUGUAUUGGCCUGGUCAAAACCUCCAACAGAGAAAGGAGGUUCAUCUCAUGGAAACCACCCAAGGAAGGAUGGAUCCAACUGCAAAGCGAUGGAAGUUACAAGAGGUCCAACCGAAGUGCUGCUGCUGGAGGAUUGCUGAGAGAUCAUCUUGGAAAGUGCACUGCAGCCUAUGCUUGUAACCUGGGGUCCUGCACCAUCACUAGGGCCGAGCUCAAAGGGGCUGUUGAAGGAUUAAAGAUUGCCUGGGAAAAGGGAUACAGGAAAGUGGAAGUCAAUCUGGACUCGAAUACAGCUGUGAGUAUUUUGAAAGAAAAGGGAGACACCAGCAGCAACCAUGGACUUCUUGCGCUUCAAGCUAAAGAACUCCUUAGUCGUAGCUGGACUGUUAAUAUUAAUCAUGUUUAUAGGGAGUGUAACUCUGCUGCUGAUUUCUUAGCUAGCAUGGGGCAUGAUCUCCAUUUUGGCACGCAUCAGCUUGAUACGUGUGACCCCAAACUCCUGUAUUGGCUGAACUAUGACGCUAGGGAAACUUCCCAAGAGCGCGAUAUUUUAAUCUAAUUCUGGAUGCUCUGCAUCCAAUCUUCUUACAAAAAAAAAAAAAAAAAGAUUGGCAAGACUUUGUCCUCUCCAAUAAAGAAACAAGCAAUGUCAGGAAAGAUUUGUUGUUCCUCAUAAGUCAAUGCAUUAUAACUUAUUUUUAGCCUUUCUUGAAUCUUACUAGGAGGGACUUCUUCUAAUUCCAACAACUUUUCUUCCCAAACCUUUUGACCCUUGCGAAACAAAAGCGCCCCUAUGACCUUAAGCGCCAACGGCAGGCCUCCUGAAGCUUGAACAAAUUUGUCUGACAGAGCAGCAUAAUCUUCUGGAGGGUAGUCCAUUCCAAAGGCAUGCUUGCUAAAUAGUUGAAGCGAAUAGUCAUGACGCAUCUCUCCAAGUUCAUACAACUUAUAUUCUUGAUGCAAGUUCAAAACUUUGUCUCUAGUUGUGAUCAAAAUUCUACAUCCUGCUGAAAAAUCUUCUAGUUUUCCUAAUGUUUUGACAAACUCAAUUAUCUCAUCAACAUCGUCAAGAACGAGAAACACUUUGUGUCUGCAGACCCUAUCUUUUAUCACGUGAAUACCCGCAUCAGCAUCUUCAACUGGAUCAUCAUUAUGUCUCAAUAUGCUGGAGAUAACCUUGUUCUGCAAACUUAAUAGGCCCUUACCAUUCUUGGUCAAUGCUUCACGUACAUCCUCCAGAAAGCAGCAAUGAUCAAAAUGAGGAUAGAUCUCGUCAUAAACAGCCUUGGCAAGAGUGGGUUUACCAAUGCCACCUAUACCAUGAAUGCUAACAAUUUUCACGCCUUGAGAGUUAUCCAGGUUCAGUAAUCUCACCACCUGCUCAACAUGAAAAUCAAUCCCAACCAAGUUUUGAUUAGCUACCAACUUGUAACUCCUCAUCAGAUAUGAGUCGACUCGCGAGAAAACCGCGUCUAUUAUAGCUCCUUGCUUGCAAACCGGAAUGAACAGUAAGAAAGAGUCAUCGUGCAACAAGCAAUUAAAUUAAAUGCAUAGAAAGUGUGGAACCAACAAAACUCUCUCAUAUGUGGUUUCUAUCCUCACCCAUCAGAUUUGUGGACAGUCCAUCCUUUCAUUUUUCCAACCUCUUGGAGGGCUUCCCUCCAUUCAAUUACAGUAGCUGCAUCAUGUUUCUGAUCAUGCAGCUCAAAUGCUUCCUUAAAAGGACCAUCUUGAUGCCUCACAUCUCUAGGGUUCACAAAAUAGAAAAUGGGACUAUGAGGUGUCCUUUCCCCUGCUUCCAGCACUCCACCAUCUCUUGAAGGCACCACUUGCUGGAACCGUAGCUCUGGGAAAAAAUUGGGAUGUGAAUCUUUGACUGGAUAAUAGCUUGGACAAGGGAGGGGGCAAUCUGUUCCCCUUUACGAAGCUCUUCCUCGUCUCUAAAGGUUCUAAUCUUGGAACGAGCCAGAACACUGUAGAGACAAUCAAAAAAAGUUGUGCGGACAUCUGGACCUCUGAAGCUAAGGAAAACCUCGUACUCUCCAGUCGGAAGAGGGGGCUCAUAUCUGGAACAGGAAGAAGAAGACUUGAAAAAGAAGCUUUCUGAUCUGUUCAUUUGGAGAGACACCCCCAGGCGCUAGCAACAUAACCAAUUCAAGGAACCAAUAGACAGGAAAGCAAAGAGACAGACAAUGUUAUCAAAUGACGACCAUGGAUGAAUGCUUAGCUAUGAAAUUCCAGGGCGGGGGAAGAUCUUAACUACUCUCCAGAGGAACACCAGAUACUCUACAAGCCUUUCUAAUGUCUAUGUGUGUGACUCUUUGGAAUGCUGAAAAUGAUUAAAUUUAACCCUGAUCG